CACACACACACACACUCAAACACACAGAAAGAGCAGAGAUACUGAGCAGACCUGUCCGCUGGACAACAAUAGGGUUUACUUAAAACAACAAAAACACCUGAAGUUGUCAUUUUUAGCCCUAAACCGUGGGUGUUUUUAAGAUGAAGACAUCUUGAGGAUGGGUUGCACACGUUUGGAAUAAAAGUCUGCAUCGCCGCGCACGAAAGGAGGGUUUUUUCUUUCUUUUCUUCACCGUCAGCUGGAGGAGAAAUACAUCCGAUCCGAGGAGGAGGACAGAAGAUCGGGAGGCAUGUCGUCGGAAAAACACGGUCUCGAUGACUCUGGCCGUCAGACCAUGCAGCCUCCUCCGUACCUCCCUGGCCCGCAAGACCCCAACGCACCCCAACACCCCAACAUGCCUCCUGCACCGGGCACCCAGCCCAGCUACCCUCCUCCACCUCCCCCUCCGGGCUCAGAGGGCUACCUCCAAGAAACCCAGUUCCACUGCGGCCCACUGGGACCUCCUGGGGCCCCGCAGGGCUACACAGUCCAGACCCAGGGACCCGGAGGCACCAUGCCUCACCCUCCCGUAGGAUACCUCCACCCGGGCUACCCGCUUCAGCUGCAGCCCUGCACAGCUUACGUACCCGUCUACCCCAUGGCAUCGGGUCAGCCCUACAUGCCAGCCGGAGGAGCCCACCCAGGAAUCCCUCCGGGCCAGAUUCACCCCAUGCAAAUGCCACCCAGCAUCACCCUGAUGGACCGUCGGCCGCCACACGACUACCUGCCCAUCGCUGUGCUCACCACCGUCUGCUGCUUCUGGCCGACAGGCAUCAUUGCCAUCAUCAAAGCAGUGCAGGUGCGUACGGCGAUAGCCAGAGGCGACAUGGUGACGGCGGAAAUAGCCUCCCGCGAGGCACGCAACUUCUCCUUCAUCAGCCUGGCUGUUGGCAUCGCCUCCAUUGUGCUGUGCACCAUCCUCACCGUGGUGGUCAUCAUCGCCUCGCAGCACCACGACGACGACUGGGAGCCGUAA